UGGCUGAUCGAGCACUUCCCUUCCGUCAGCGGUCACGUGGAUGACUAGAAGAUCGUCCAUUAACGAAGGUACUUUCAACAGGCGAUUUCCUCAAAUUUACCACUUUUCUCUGACGGCAAUGACAAGAGAGUGAAGAAAAUGGCCGAGCUAUUAUCAGUGCAAGUGCACAUCCCUCAACAUCUGGGGAACUACUUGCAACAGGAUGUUAAGAAGUCGCCGUCUGCUCUCUCGAAAAUGGGAUGGCUGGGAAGACGAAUCUCCGGGAUUCCCGGAGUCAGUUCUCCAACUUCCAGAGACGACGGCCAAUAGACAUCGAGUUCCGCGAGCUCAUGUACACAGUGAAGGAAGGCAACAGGAGUAAAGAGCCCAAGACGAUCUUGAAGUCCAUCUCGGGCCGGUUCAAGUCUGGUGAACUCACUGCAAUAAUGGGACCGUCUGGGGCUGGGAAGUCCUCCCUCAUGAACAUACUGGCAGGUUACAGGACAAAGAAUAUCUCAGGUCAGAUCCUGGUUCGAGGGAAGGAUCGCGACUUGCGGAUGUUCAGGAAGAUGUCGUGCUACAUCAUGCAGGAUGAUCAUCUCCUCCCCCACCUCACGGUCCAGGAGUCCAUGAUGUGUUCCGCCAAUCUCAAACUCAACGAGAGCCUCUCUACUGCCGACAAACAGGAAAUGGUUGAUGAGAUCCUGGAAACACUAAGCCUCAUAGAUUCCAAGAAAACCAGAACCUGUAACCUGUCUGGCGGCCAGAGGAAACGGCUGUCCAUUGCCCUGGAGCUAGUCAACAAUCCACCAGUCAUGUUCUUUGAUGAGCCGACCAGCGGCCUGGACAGCGCUUCCUGCUACCAGUGUGUGUGUCUACUGAAGACGCUGGCGGCAGGCGGUCGCACCAUCAUCUGCACCAUACACCAGCCCAGCGCCAAACUCUUUGAGAUGUUUGACCACCUGUACAUGUUGGCGGAGGGCCAGUGUGUGUACAGAGGGAGCAUCCCGGCGCUACUGCCAUACUUUGAGUCUCAGGGACUUCGAUGCCCGAACUACCACAACCCAGCGGACUAUGUGAUGGAGGUGUCAGUUGGAGAAUAUGGAGAGGACAAAGUCCGGCGUUUGACGAUGGCACUCAAGACCGGAAAGUGUGACCCCUUCCAGAUAGAGUUCCAGCGCAAGCUAUCUGCCUCCCGAACUCCCAACCCCAGUCCAGCGACGACGCCAAUGGACUGCACCCCUACACCAAGUGUUCAUGAAGAAUGCACCAAUCACUGUGAAGAAGGAGCUGAAAAAAGGAAACUGAUGGAGAAUGGAUGCUGCAAUGGAUAUUCGAAUGGACACGCCCCAAUCGUUACCAGGGGGGUCAACGGGAUUUGCAUUGCAGGAGUCCCUAAAACUGAGCAGUCAGAAUCGUCUGAGGACUUGAUGUAUGACCAGGAGUGUCACACGUUCGCCACCAGCUGCUUCACCCAGUUCAGGAUUCUCUUCAUGAGGACUUUCACCUCUAUAAUGAGGGAUGCGACCCUGACGAGGCUGAGGCUCAUUUCCCACCUCACUGUGGGCAUCCUCAUUGGCCUCCUCUAUCUUGGCAUCGGCAACGAAGCCAGCAAAGUCUUCAACAACGCGGGAUGUCUGUUUUUCUGUAUGCUGUUCUUGAUGUUCACUGCCCUCAUGCCAACUGUUCUCACAUUUCCGAUGGAGAUGGCGGUGUUCGUCAGGGAGCACUUGAACUACUGGUACAGUCUCAAAGCCUACUAUCUGGCUAAAACCAUGGCCGACAUGCCAUUCCAGAUUAUAUUUCCAUUGGUGUAUGGGUCCAUUGUCUACUGGAUGACUUCGCAGCCAAACGACUUUGUGCGAUUUGUGAUGUUCCUGACCCUGUCGACCCAGACGUCACUGGUUGCCCAAUCACUGGGCUUACUCAUCGGGGCUGCCACGUCGUUACAGGUGGCUGUGUUCCUGGGACCUGUCACAGCUAUCCCCAUCCUUCUGUUCAGUGGGUUCUUCGUCAACUUUGACACAAUCCCAACGUAUCUACAGUGGCUCUCCUAUGUGUCCUAUAUCAGGUAUUCCUUUGAGGGGGUUCUACAAGCUAUAUACGGAUUCGACAGGGGAUCGUUGAACUGUGAUGAAAGUGUCUGCAUCUUCAAGAAGGCAUCCGACGUUCUGAAGCAGAUGGAUGUUGAAAAUGCUGAGUUCUGGCUGGAUUUCAUCAUACUCUGUAUAUUCUUCGUAAUCCUUAGGAUUGGCUGCUAUUUUGUGCUAAGGUGGAAGGUCAAGGCUCAAAGGUGAAAAGGUCACAAUGUGAUAGACUGGGGAGGAAGAUCUGAUGCUCUAGUCAUGUGAUUACCACGUGACGGUCACGUGACUGUCAUGUGACUGGCUGUGUGGACAAGCUUGUUCCACAUGCGAUUCAGGGACAGAAGCCAUUUUGUUUCCUCCAUUUGUGUGGAGACCAUGUGGAUUUAACUCAGCAUUUUGUUUCACUACAGACUCUGUUGUCACUGUUUGUGAUAAUAAAUACAAUGGCUAUU